UAAACAAAAGCCUGAAAAAAGCUUGGCCACGGAUCUCUAUGAUUAACCAAUCAAUGACUUCAAAUCUUCCAUUUUACAUUUCCUCUGUUUCUUCUCCUCUUCCUUCAAUUCGUCGCCUCCCUCUUCGUUGUUGCAGCUCUCUUCCUUCUCACGAUAUGGAGGCUAAACCAAGUCAAGGUCUUUACCCACUAAACCGUUGCAAAACUAUACAUCUGGUGAGGCAUGCUCAAGGGAUUCACAAUGUUGAAGGAGAGAAGAAUCAUGAUGCUUACUUAUCUGAAGAUCUCUUUGAUGCACAUCUUACACCUCUUGGAUGGCAACAGGUUGAUAAUUUGCAUAAACAUGUUAAGGCAAGUGGGAUUUCUAAAAGAAUUGAGUUGGUUGUUGUGUCCCCUCUCCUCAGGACUUUGCAAACUGCAGUUGGAACUUUUGGUGGGGAAGGUGACAAAAAUGGAGUUGAUGCACCUCUGCUUAUGGUGGCAGGUGCAGGAAACAGCGAUCGUCCCGCUAUAUCAAGCUUAAAUUGUCCACCAUUCAUUGCGGUUGAAUUAUGCCGUGAACAUUUGGGUGUUCAUCCUUGUGACAGAAGAAGCAAUAUCACCAAGUACCGCGAAUUAUUCCCUGCAAUUGAUUUUUCAUUGAUAGAAACUGAUGAAGAUGUCUUGUGGAAGCCUAACGUUAGAGAGGAGAACAAAGAUAUCGCGGCCAGAGGCGUGAAGUUCAUGAACUGGUUGAGUACAAGGAAAGAAACAGAGAUUGCGGUUGUUACUCAUAGCGGGUUCUUGUAUCAAACAUUAAACACAUUUGGAAACGAUUGCGAUCCAGCCGUGAAAAAGGAGAUUUCUACACAAUUUGCCAACUGUGAACUCCGUUCGGUUGUUCUUGUAGAUAAAUGUAUGAAUAGUUCGAAUCCGCCAGUGACCAAUUAUCCCGGAAAAAUACCUGCUGGAGAAGAUCUUCCUAGUGAUAUUGAUGCUCAGAAGUAGUUAUAGAGACAAGAGUUAUGAGAAUUGUGUUAAAUCUUAUAUGAAUCUCAAAGUUAUUUAUUUUUCUAUGCAAACUUCUUAAAAACUAACAAAGUUAAUUGUCUUUGAGAUCUUUCUUUUUGUAAUUUGGAUGUUUAUAGUUAUACUCUCCUUUAUGGAUUA